CUCAUCAACUCAAUCGUAAGACUCGAAAUAUCAGAAAAUCUGUACGUUUUUAAGUAGAUAAUAAUCAAGUAUUAUUUGUACUUCGAACUAAUGACAUAAGAAACACGAUGGAUUUAUCAAGUAUAUGCCGAUGUUGUUUGUCCCAUGGCUUGGUAAAAAAUUUGUACUCUAGCUAUGUAUGGUUGGACACCACCGAAAUAUAUUCGGAUAUGCUGCAGGGAUGUUUCAAUAUCGUCCUGGCCAAGUUGGAGAACGGGAACAUCUGCGAGGACUGCAUCAAGCAACUGCGGAGUGCCAUGCGCUUCAAGGAGCAAGUGCUAGUCUCCGAGCGGGAGUUCCUCAAGCAGCUGCAAUCUUGUGUUGAAAAUGAAGAGAAGCCGUUUGAAGUGAAGGUGGAGCCCAAAAAUGAGAGUGAGGAUGACUCCGAUGACUACUUCCUGGCGGAUACAGCCAGGGAAGUUCCCAUGCAAGUGAUCAAACCCGAAGCCCGGGAGGUGAAAAAGAAGGCCGAGGCGCGAAAGAAGCCCCUCAAGAAGGACGGUGAGCGCGCCAGGAAGAUCAGGACGCUCGUGAACAGACUUGCUUCCUCCAUGAAUUCCUGCGAGCUCCCAGACAUAACCACACUAAAAAAGAAAGAAAUAAACCAGAUCGCCAAGACGGGACGCAAGCACCCAAGACCGGACCCCCUCGAGAGGAUAGACAUCGCGUGGUCUACGCGCUUCAAAAACGACAAGAAGAAACACAGAGCUAACCUCCAAACUAUACUAACUUACUCUAACGCUGUACCUUUCAAAAACAAGUCACUUUUAGGCUUCUUAUGUGGGUACUGCGAAGAACGUUUCCCUGACCCGGCUGAUUUAAGAACUCACACCGAAAAUCAUAAGAAAGAACGCUUGGACUUCAAAUCUACUUUCGAUAUGACAGAAUACAAUGUGAAAUUAGACGUAGGAGAACUAAAUUGUAAUUUGUGCGAUGAAAAAAUGGACAAUUUAAGCGUUCUGAAGAACCAUUUAGUUAAGGUACAUAAGAAAACUAUUUAUAAUGAUAUUAAAGAUCAUAUAUUACAGUUUAAGCUGAAGAAAGGCGAUGUAUAUGACUGCGCGCUAUGCUCGUCAACUUAUGAGACUUUUAAGAUGCUGAAACAGCACAUGAAUAAGCAUUAUGCUAAUUAUACUUGUAAAAAAUGUGAUACUGCUUUCGCUACUAAGCGGUCUUUGAAUUCACACCGAUCAACUCAUCUGGAAGGCAGCCAUAAGUGCCCGCACUGUGAUAAGGUAUUUGCUAGUAAAUCUAAACAGCAUUACCAUGUGAAAACUAAGCAUUUAGGUUCAAGAAACAUUUCAAACUGCCCAUUCUGUAACGAACCAUUCCGGAGUUACUACCAGCGAAAUCAACAUUUAGUCAAAGUACAUAAUUCAGAAGCUCAAUAUAAAUGCAAUGUUUGCAAUAAAGCUUAUAUACUAAAGAGUUUACUAAUGUAUCAUAUAAAGAAGACUCAUCUCAUGGAAAGGAACGCCCAAUGUACAGAAUGUGGUUAUAAAUUCUUUAGUAAGAAAGCGCUGAAUGCCCAUAUGGUGAAACAUACCGGGGAAAGGAAAUAUUCCUGUGAAGUUUGCCACAAGUCUUAUGCGAGGAAAUAUACGCUGCGGGAACAUAUGAGAAUACAUAAUAAUGAUAGACGGUUUAAGUGUGAUGUUUGCGCCAUGACUUUUGUGCAGAAGUGUAGUUUAAAAAGCCAUCUGCUGUCGAAUCAUGGUAUUAGUAUGGCUGCUUGCGAUAUUGCUUCUACUGAAUAGUGUAUUUGAAAACCCUUUAAACCAGGGGUCGGAAACCGGUAUUUGCUCCAUACAAAAAUACCGGUAUUAUUACGUUCUUUUUCGUUCUUUUGUUUAUAAUUUCAUUUUUAAUGUGACGUUUUAAUAAUGCAAAAUUGUUUUCUAAAUACAUGAUUCAGUCCUACGUAAUGAGCAUAAAAAAAUUCAAAAUAUUGGGCUAUUUCGGGGUUUUUAAAAAAUACCGGUUCCGAGCCCUGCUUUAAACAACAUAUUCGGGGUCAAAGGGAUCGUUAGUUAAGUAUUCGACUGAGAAGUCGACAUAAUAACAUUCUCAUAGGAAGUCUGCCAUAAUUUCUGUGUCACUAUUUAUUUUUCAUUACGAAUAGAACAAUUGAAUAGUUAACAGGUACACAAAAGUGAUUAUUUAAUGAGCACUCCAUUCAACAAGUCCAUAUUACCAUAGAGUAACUUAUACUAGAGCGGUACUGUCAUAGUAAAUUUUGUAACCCCAGUAAAUUCACUGCCAUCUGUCGACACACUUUAAAACUAAAAAUGAAGAUU